AGGAGCGCCCUAAGAUGAAGGCGGACGUGAAUGGUAGAAAUUAAAUCGAGCGAAAAUGGACGGUGGAGAGAGCAUCGUCAUCAGAUCCAUGGUCGACUCUCGCUUUUUCAAAGCUCUCCCUCCUUCUCCGCUCUAUAUUUAUUAUUCAGUUUUCUAAUAGGAAACAACAAAUAGAGUGAAAACCACACAGCCAGAGAAAGCACGCACAGAGAGAGGAGAAGAAAGCAAAAAUGUCGUGGCAAACUUACGUGGACGAUCACUUGAUGUGCGACAUUGACGGCCAGGGGCAGCAUCUCACUGCCGCUGCCAUCGUUGGUCAUGACGGAAGCGUCUGGGCCCAGAGCUCUACUUUCCCUCAGAUCAAGCCUGAAGAGAUCACUGGCAUCAUGAAAGAUUUUGAUGAACCAGGGCACCUUGCCCCCACAGGCUUACACUUGGGAGGCACCAAGUACAUGGUAAUCCAAGGAGAGCCAGGAGCUGUCAUCCGUGGAAAGAAGGGAUCUGGAGGAGUCACUAUAAAGAAGACUAGUCAAGCUCUAGUGUUCGGUAUAUAUGAGGAGCCUGUAACUCCAGGACAAUGCAACAUGGUUGUUGAAAGGUUGGGGGAUUACCUCGUUGAUCAGGGACUGUAGGCCUGGCUCUAUCAUGAUUGAGGGCAUUUCUUUCUGGGGUUCAACUAUGCCUCUCUUUUUAUUCCUUAUUAUUUUCCAGUUUGUUGUCUGGUUUUUGAAUGUGAUUUCUUGAAAGGCCUUGAAUUUUUGAUGAUGAUGUUGCAGACCGUAACAAUGUGAGAACUAAGUUGUUUGGUAUUUUGAGUUGCAUUGCUAUAAUGUAUUUUUGUUUUUUUCCCCCCUUUA